UCCCUGCAGAAUCCCACGGGCGACAUGCUAUACCCUACAACUUGAACAGGGAUCCAAGUGGAAUUGACUUCCUGUUGGCGUACCAUUUCCUCUUCCCCUCUAGCCUGCGGUGGGAGGGCCCAGGAAGUCCUGCCCAGCAACGCCCUGGUAUUGGCUUCCUCAGAGCCCAUUUCGCCCUCACUGGCUGGUGGGUGGGCACAAGACCCAAGAAAGCUCUCGAACACUGUUCCCACUUCCGGUAAAGGGGUCUUGACUAGAGGUUGGGCCAAGCAGAGGAGAAAGAGGUGUGGCCGCGAGUAGGUACUGUGACUGCAGACGCUAGGAGGCAGAAAUCCCGACGGAAAUAGGUCUCUUUCUUACUGUGACGCGGUGCCUAGGCCGUGUAACAGAAGAACCAUGUUCCGGCUUGUGUCCAUGAAUCUUGUCUUCUUGGAGGAGAGCGAAGACCAGGAGGCAGAGAUUGCGCCGCCAUGGAGACUUCUAGAAGGUAACACUGAUCUGACAGCUCUGCAGGGUGCAGUGGCAAGUGCCUGUGCUGAUCGUGGCCUCUCUGCUGCAUCUAUCUUCCUUGUUACUGAUGUGUCUGGCCGUGUACCUCUGAGCACUAGGCAGAACAUUACUCCUGUUGUGGAAGGAGAUGGAACAGCUCAGGCGGGUGAUCACAGCCGUAGCUCCCACGAUGAUGGGCCAGGAGAGUACUACAGGAGCGUUUCAUUGCGCUGUCUUAGCUCUAGAAUGGGUGGUGCUAACUGCAGUAAUCAUACAUGUUACUUCUCUUUGGAUAUUGUUUCUACAGAUUUUGAUCCUUAUCCACGGGACUGCGUGCAAGUUGUGUUUUCUAGCCUGCCAGACACACAGAGCAGAAAGGUCCUCUCAGUGAAGCCUCGAGGACAGAGGCACGUGCGUGAGGUGCGCAUUACUAGUGUACAUGGAAGAAAUGGGGUGAUAGAUCAUACAACCUUCUUCACCUUGGAUUCUGUGAAACUUCCUGAUGGAUACAUGCCUCAAAUCCAUGAUGUCGUCAAUGCUGUCGUAGUGGAAAGUGUUCAUGCAGGCUAUAUUUGCAGAGCAGUCCUUAUUACCCCAUGUGAAUAGACUAAAAACACAACUUGGUUAUUUUCUUUGUAUCCUUUAUUCUAUAGGUAACACAGGGCACAGUACAAGUGUGUUUUGAAAAAAAAAAAAAAACAACUAGUAGACCUAAGUACUUAUUUCUUACAUUUUCAAAUGCUGAGCAUGUUAGGUUAAUGAAUUCUGUGUUCCUGAAAAUGUUCAUCGUUUUUCAUUAUUAAAGGCAUUUUCCUCUUCAUCCUAAUGACC